AUACAAAAAAAUCAGAAUAAAAGCCCAAAUUUCCAUCACAGAAAAGAAAGACCAAACAAACACCCACAGCCAUGGAAACCACUACUGAGGUUCUUCACAGCAGCAGCAGCAGCAGUAGCAUUAGUGACAGCAGUAAUAACGAUAAAGGGCCAUGGAGCGCCGAAACAACAUGGGCAAUCGCUUCCGGGUCUCUAGAAAGCUCCGUCACCUUCGAUUCGUCCGACGAUUCUCCGGAACUACCCGAGUCCGAUUCCCCUCGGAAGUUGCCUCCGCUUAUCCUAAACCCUCCCGCACCGGAUCCUGGCCCCUGCGAAAUUAAGCUACAUUUGUUGCAGAAGUACAAUAUUCGGCAAAUUUAUGUUCGAAGUACUGCUCGUGUAUAUGAAGUGUAUUGUGCACAAUCUAAGAAUAGUGGGAAUGAGUACCUCUGUACUGUUCGCUGUAGCAUUGCUGAAAGAGAUGAACAAGUACUCGCAAGCAGUCAAUGUUGA